AGAGAAACGCUCUCAAUUCCUUUCCUCCCUUUUCACUCCUUCAAACCCCUUCUUGUCUUCUUCCUCUGUCCGUCUCCCCGCAUCAUCACCAUACCCCAUCAUCAUACCCAUAUCAUACAUGCAUCAUCAUCAUCAUCAUCAUCGUCAUCACCAUCAUCUCAGAGGCAGAAACCCUUUCCGAGAUCCAGCGACCAUCAGCACUGCAUGCUGAACCACCGAAUCUAUGUGUAAUCCCGCGAGACCACCAAAUCCUCCCAUUUUGGAUGCAUUUUGGGAGUCGGAUAAAUGCCCUUCUUUUACAAGGAUCUAGGGUUUUCCGGCCUGGUCCUGCCCUUCCUCCUCCUCGUUUUUCCGAUCUUUGCCCUCAUCGUCCGUCGGAAAUGGAGGAUCGCCGCGGCCAGGAAGCAGGAGAUCAUGCGGCUCGUUGUCCUCGCCUCGGAAGAAGCGGCACGUGCCGAGCUCGAGGCCGCGUACGAUUACUCCAGCGCCGGGCCUGCUGUCCCGGCUCCGGCUCCACGGCAGCAGUGCGCCGUGUGCUAUUGCCCCACCACCACGCGGUGCGCCCGCUGCAAGGUGGUUAAAUACUGCUCUGGAAAGUGUCAAAUUAUUCAUUGGAGACAAGGACACAAGGAGGAAUGUCACCCACCACUCACUACGGUACAAUUUAGUGGAGUAGGUGACUCAGAUUCAAAGUCAAUACUACGAGCAGAACAAUCAGACCCAAAAGACAAUGGUUUGGAGACUGAAGGCCAAUGUCCUGGCAAACCAGAUGAAGAUUUCCCUGAGGAACCUUCGUCAUCAAAAUCUAGCUGCUCUUCUAAAGGUUUGUGUGGAAAGGACGAUGAAGUUAUGCCUCUUGUGGAUGGGACAGGAAGUGACUUUUCCACAAUCUCAUCAUCAACUGGCUGCUCUCAGUUCACCACAUCUGAAGAGCCGUCCCUUAGUGUUUCUGCUACAGAGGCCUCUGUUUCGAGCACUUCUUCCACACCAAGGGGGCCUAUAUCCAAUGAUACUCCCCUUGAUAUUCUCAGGACAUCAGCUGAUGCUCAUGAGACCAACAUAUCUAAAUCACCACCUUCUGAAUAUUCUGGUCCAGUGGCCCCUGUAAAUAGUAUUCCUCGUUCAAGUAAGUUAAAGCAGAACACAACUAGUUGUGGCACUGAAACAGUUGACUGUGGCUCAAGUAGUACGUUGAGUUCAAGCUGUGACAGCUCUGAUGAGCAUACAAUUAUGGAACCUUCUACAAAAUCACCGGAGCAUCUGGAGGCAACUCGUGAUUCAAGUGGGGUCCAAACUGCUGGCUGUGAUGAUUCCACUCGGUCUAGUUUCAGACAAGGUGGCAAUGCUGCUCGGUCUGAUUCUGAGGCUCUUUUCCGGUUCUCAUUUAACUUGUCUGGUCAGCAUGUUCCGUCUGUUAUGCCUUCACAAAAUUCAAAUAUGAAGAUCCUCACUUCUGAUGAGGCAAAACACUCGGUCCCUGGAAAUGGAGAUCCUGUGUAUGGAGCUGCUCCACUGAAGAAGUUACCUACGGAUCUGCCUACAAGGACCUUGCCGGCAUUGAGCUCUGAAAGAUCUUCAUCUGCGGUGAAGGAGAGGAGCAAUGAGCAGCUACUGAAGUCUAGAAGGCUGAAAUCUUCAUCAUUUGGUGCUUCUGCUGAUCAUUCAUCUUCUUAUAGUGGACAUUCCUCUUCAAGUGUUACAUCGUCAAAGUCUGAUAAUGUUCAAACAGUGACUGCUAAGUUGUCUGAGACAGCAAGUUCUGUACCAAAUGGUGGCAGUGGCUUGAAAACAUCCAUGCUGAAAGUCGUUCAGCAGUUCAGACCAUCAAAGCUUUCAAAGCACUACCCAUUGGGGUUCGGAAGUGAGAUUUCUAGAAAAUACAAUCACAAGAUGCUUUUUCCAUAUGAUAUGUUUAUCAAACUCUACAACUGGGAUAAGGUGGAAUUGCGUCCAUGUGGGCUUGUAAACUGUGGCAACAGCUGUUAUGCUAAUGCUGUGCUCCAGUGCCUAGCAUUUACUCGGCCUCUUUCUGCCUAUCUUCUUCAAGGACUCCAUACCAAAACAUGCCCAAAGAAAGAGUGGUGUUUUACUUGCGAGUUUGAGAGUCUUCUUUUGAAAGCAAAGGAAGGGAGGUCUCCACUCUCGCCGAUUGCAAUACUUUCCCAAAUAAAAAGCAUUGGUAGUCAUCUUGGUCAUGGGAGAGAAGAAGAUGCCCAUGAAUUUUUGAGGUAUGCUAUUGAUACAAUGCAAUCUGUGUGCCUUAAGGAAGCUGGUGUAAAUGCAACGGACCCUUUGGCAGGGGAAACGACUCUUAUACAACUGAUUUUCGGGGGUUACCUUCGAUCUAAGAUAAGGUGCAUGAAAUGCCAAGGCAAGUCUGAGAAGCAUGAACGGAUGAUGGAUCUAACUGUUGAGAUCCAUGGGGAUAUUGGAACUCUUGAAGAAGCACUUGCACAAUUUACGGCUACUGAAAUCUUGGAUGGAGACAAUAAAUACCACUGUAGCAGAUGCAAGUCCUAUGAGAAGGCCAAAAAGAAGCUGACAGUAUUGGAGGCCCCUAACAUCCUUACCAUUGCCUUGAAGCGCUUUCAGUCUGGUAAAUUUGGCAAACUGAACAAAUCAGUUCGAUUCCAAGAGAUCCUGAAUUUGGCCCCCUAUAUGAGCGGAACUAGCGACAAGUCCCCUGUAUACAGGCUCUAUGCAGUGGUGGUUCAUUUGGAUGUUAUGAAUGCUGCAUUUUCUGGUCACUAUGUGUGUUAUGUGAAGAAUAUCCAGGGAAAGUGGUUCAAGAUUGAUGACAGCACGGUUAAACCAGCUGAGCUUGAUCGGGUCUUAUCGAAGGGGGCAUACAUGCUCCUUUACGCAAGGUGCUCACCGCGUGCCCCGAGUUUGAUAAGGAAUGCAAUAUCCCAAGAAUACGCCAAGAAUAAGAGAAGCAAAUGUGCUGAAGCCGCCCCUAGCAGUAACGGUGAGAAUAUUUCUAGGGGAAGAUGCAGUUCCUCAGUUCCAUAUGCUGAUCAUCCAGCAUCGCAGCGGAUGCCGCACCAUCCCUACUGGAUGGCUCCAGAUGGUCCCGCCAACACGGAGUCCCUUGGAUCAUUGGAUGGAAGAUUCCUUCCAGUGCACAGGAUUCCAAAAACAGACUCAUCCAGUGACAACUCUUCCCUUUUCAGCUGCUCGGAUGAGGGGUCAUGCAGCACAGAAAGCACCAGGGACUCAACCAGCACCGACGAGUACUCCGAAUACAUAUUUGGUGACUCAGAUCGUCUCAGUUGGAACAGUCCCAUGAGAGUUUUGGAUGACUCGGAUGGUUCUUCAUAUUCCCCCUUGGGGUUGAGACGAUCUCCUCUGUCGGUCUCGAAUGGGCAUGCAUCUUGCUCCCCGGAGCGUGGCUCUUCGAUAUUUGACUUCAGUUCUUCGAGCCAGGAUGAUGCCCGUUAUGAGAAGAGAACAGACGGCAGUGUGGAUUCAUGUGAGGCUGAUGGUGUUGUGACGAGGUGGGCCCAGCGGAGCAGAAGAGAAGUUCGGCAGGGGGAAGGAAGCCCUUCCCUUUUGUAUCCUGACACAACUAAACAGUGUAGAAAUUUAACAAGCCAUUUUCGUAGCAGUAGUGAGACUGACUGGGAAUGGGUAAAUGGGAGUGAUGCGAAGUCAGGUGUAUCAUUGAGAAGAUAUGGGGAGAGAACUUCCCAUGCAUUUUAUUGAUGUCUUUUCUUUUCCUCUC